GGCAGAGGGGAACCCAUCAAAUCAAGAACACCACCGCAGGCUAAGCCAUUGAGCCCGCAACCUGUGGCAAGGAUCCCUGACGCCCCCAAAUUUGUUCCGAAGAGCGUGGGGCGGCGCGGCAACUUCGGCCGGCCGGACCGCCUCAACCUGGCGGAGGUGGAGGACGAGUUGGUCGACGAGGAGGACCCCGAGGACAACGAGGACGUGGAGGAGGAGGAGGACGAGGCCAUCAACGACGCGCUGCACCCGCGGCCGCGGCCGCUGCGCGCCGACGCG